AUGCCCUCGAGGACUCGUGUGCGUAAGCCGGACCCACUGCCAUACCCGAACAGGCCGUAUCUGGCACUGGGUCUCGAAGGGAGCGCCAAUAAGCUUGGUGCCGGCAUUGUCCUGCACAAGCCCUUUGAUCCUGCCGCGCCAUCCUCGUCAUCGUCCUCUGCGCCUUCGUCCAUUUCAUCUCGCUCUGUGGGCCAAGUGGAGAUUCUCUCCAAUGUACGACACACCUACGUCACCCCGGCCGGCUCUGGCUUCCAGCCUAGCGAUACCGCCAAACACCACAAGGAGUGGAUCAUCAGGGUCAUCUCGGAAGCCGUUCGCCGCUCUGGCAUCAAGUCGCUUGCAGAUGUCGACUGCAUCUGCUACACCAAGGGUCCAGGCAUGGGAGCGCCGCUCCAAAGUGUCGCAGUCGUUGCGCGAACGCUCGCCCUCAUGUACCACAAGCCGCUGGUCGGUGUCAACCACUGUGUCGGCCACAUCGAGAUGGGGAGGACCAUCACAGGCGCACACAACCCUGUUGUGCUCUAUGUUUCAGGCGGAAACACACAGGUGAUCGCCUAUUCUGCACAAAAGUACAGGAUCUUCGGCGAGACGCUCGACAUCGCCGUCGGAAACUGUCUCGACAGAUUCGCAAGAGUCAUCGGGCUUAGCAACGACCCAAGCCCGGGACAGAACAUCGAGAAGGAGGCUCGGAGGGGAACAAAGCUUGUCCCUUUGCCAUAUACUACCAAGGGUAUGGAUGUCAGCUUGGCGGGCAUCCUCAGUGCCACAGAGGCGUACACGCGGGACAAGCGCUUCAAGCCCAACCCACAUGUGGAACACUCCGAGGCGGCCGUCGGAAGCCUGGCCAACGGCGAGGUGUGGACGGGAGAGGGCGGAGGAAAGCACAUCAUCAACAUGGCCGAAGAUACGAAGGAAUCAGCAGCAGAGCCAGUUGCCGACUCGCAGAAAGCUCUGACAGAUGCAGACGUCGAUGUCUCUCAAUCGGGUGUAUCGCAACUCGAUGCGUCCGUUGACAUCAUCACCCCCGCUGACCUGUGCUUCUCGUUACAGGAACACAUCUUCUCCAUGCUCGUCGAAAUCACGGAACGUGCCAUGGCACACAUUGGAUCCAAAGAGGUGCUCAUCGUCGGUGGCGUAGGAAGCAACCAGCGGCUGCAACACAUGAUGGGCGUCAUGGCCAGCGAACGUGGCGGAAGCGUCUUUGCCACCGACGAGAGGUUCUGCAUCGACAACGGUAUCAUGAUCGCACAUGCGGGGUUGUUGAGCCACCGGAUGGGCCUCGAUACCAGCCUUGAAAAGAGCACCGUCACGCAAAGGUUCAGAACAGACGCUCCCAACAUCACCUGGCGAGCAUGA